AUGAAGUCUGCCGUAUUGCUCUCUAUGAUCCCCACCGUGCUGGGCACAACCAUCUACUUGGCCGGUGAUUCCACCAUGGCCAAAGGAGGCACUGGAUCCGGUACUGCAGGAUGGGGCGAGUACGUCUCCCCGUAUACAUCCGCCACAGUCUCCAACCAAGCCGUCGCCGGCCGCAGUGCACGAUCGUACACUCGCGAAGGCCGCUUCGACACGAUCGCCAGCGAAGUCCAAUCGGGAGACUGGGUGAUCAUCGAAUUUGGACACAAUGACGGUGGCUCGCUCACGCCAACGGAUAACGGCCGCACGGAUUGUUCGGGCACAGGAGACGAGACAUGCACCACGACCUAUGACGGGGUGACCGAGACCGUCUUGACGUUCCCCAAGUACUUGGAGAACGCAGCAAGCACAUUCAAGGCCAAGGGUGCCAAUGUGCUCAUUUCCAGCCAGACACCCAACAACCCCUGGGAGACGGGGACCUUCACAUAUUCACCCUCGCGGUUUGUGGGAUACGCCGAGCUGGCAGCCCAGACGGCGGGUGUCUCGUAUGUGGACCAUGGAGCUUAUGUGGCGGAUAUCUUUGAGUCUUUGGGCGCCGAUGUUGUCGACGCGUACUUCCCGCUCGAUCAUACUCAUACCAGCCCUGCUGGUGCGUCGGUCGUGGCUCAGGCAUUCUUCAAGGCCGUGGUCUGUGGAGGCGUUGGUCUGGAGAGUCUGUUGAACACUGAAAGCUUUGAAGGAGAGUGCCUCUGA